AUGGACGACGAUGACGGCGGCCACCACGGUCACGACGGUAUGGCCGACGACGGCAGAGGCCGACACCGCGUAACACUGCCCGCACCACCGCCACCGUUCCAACGACAGUCGUUAGGUCGGUGUUCCGUGCAACAGCCCAUGAUGGGCAACAGCCGGUCGGCGGCCACCCAUUAUUCUGACGGUGGCGGAAUGGUGUCCGAGUACUUCAUACCGCGUAGCGUCAGUGCACACGACCUGUGCUCGUCCAUAGAACUGCAGAAGAUACCGCCACCGCUGCCGCCCUCGGCGUUGCGCACCACCGCGGCCACACUCGCCCGGCCACCACGCGCACCCACCGCGUCCCGGGAUAAGAUGGUCACGUUUGAGGACGAAAAACUCGCGUUCGGCCCGCACCACCACCACCACCAGCAUCACCUGCAGCAGCAGAACCAUCACCACCAGCAGCAGCAGCAGCACCACAGAUCCAGUGGCGAUUUGAUCGUAUAA